CCUGGAUGUCAGCAUGGCAGCCACAAACCUGGAGAACCAGCUGCACAGUGCGCAGAAGAACCUGCUCUUCCUCCAGCGGGAGCAUGCCAGCACACUCAAGGGGCUCCACGCUGAGAUCCGGCGGCUGCAGCAGCACUGCACAGAUCUAACAUAUGAGCUGACACUCAAAAGUUUCGAACUGACAGGGGACGGCUCUUCCAGGACGACGGAGCUCAAGAGGCGCUGUGAAGAGCUGGAAGCCCAGCUGAAGGCCAAAGAGGAGGAAAACCGCAAGCUGCUGCAAGAGCUGGAGCAGAAGAAUGCCGCCAUCGCUGUGCUGGAGAACACGGUCCGGGAGAGAGAGAAGAAGUACCUGGAGGAGCUGAAAGUGAAGAGCCACAAGCUGAGCAUGCUGUCGGGCGAGCUGGAGCAGCGCGCCAGCACCGUGGCCUACCUCACCUCACAGCUACAUGCAGCCAAGAAGAAGUUGCUGAGCUCCAGUGGCACCUCAGAUGCCAGCCCGGCGGGCAGCCCUGCACUGGCCAGCUACAAGCCCACACCACCCAAGGACAAGCUGCCCGAGACGCCCCGACGCCGCAUGAAGAAGAGUCUGUCAGCCCCGCUGCACCCCGAGUUUGAGGAGGUCUACAGGUUUGGAGCCGAGAGCCGCAAACUCCUCCUCCGGGAGCCUGUGGAUGCCAUGCCCGACCCCACCCCAUUCCUGCUGGCCCGGGAGUCUGCUGAGGUCCAGCUCAAGGAACGGCCUCUUGUCAUCCCCCCCAUUGUCUCCGACCGUGGCGCCAGUGGGCAGCAUAGUCCAGCCCGAGACAAGCCACACAAGACGCAUGUUGGGGUGGCUCACCGCAUCCAUCACGGCCAGCCUGAGGGAGAGACGAGGGCCGUGGACCAGGUGAACACAGGGAAGGUGGUGCGAAAGCACUCAGGGACAGACCGAACUGUGUGAAGCCUGCGGCCUGCCACCGCAGUCAUCCACGCACUGUGAGCGCCACAGGGAACCUUGCCCGCGUCUUCCUCGCCUACCCAUGCCAAAUGUCUCCUCCUGUCGAAGCCUGGCUCCUGGCUCCAUAGUGACACAAUGCUACAAUGGUGUCCCUGCUGAAGAUAUUUACUGGCACUGUGGCCAACGUCUGCAUGCCGAUAGCUUGCUUCCAGCCCCACGCCACGAGAUCUCAGCGCACUCCUAGAUGCGGCCAUGGCUGAGUCACUAUGCCACACAGAAUCAGAAUCGCCUGAAGUCAAAGCAAAAUAAGGAGCUCUCCCUCCCCAGAUCCAGGGCAGCCUGUGAGAGCAGAGCACGGCCUCUGCUCCCUCCUGGAGACUCCUGCCUUGCAUAGUCCCUUUACCACGCAGCUGUGUCUCAUGAUCUUAGCAAGAUGACCUCAACCCUGAUGUCUCCCCAACCUGAUUGUGUGUUCAUAAUUUUUUUGUUAGUUUCAUCCAAAUGUUCAGGAUCCAACAAAUGUUAUUUUCUAAACCCGC